AUGCUGGGCUCUUCGGGCGUCUUGAGGCUCGUCAAAUUCGCGGCGCUGCUGCUGAUUGUCGUGUGGUGUCUCGGCUCGUUUGUCUCGUACGAGUCGACGUACAAUGGCCUUGUCCGCACCUUCAAGGACGGGAAGCAUCUCUUCGUCUCCGACUUCCUCGCCCAAGAGAUCGACGGCGACUUCGACGGCCGCGCCAUCUCGGCCCUGUGCGCAAGCAAGCAAUGGACCCCGGGCCUGAUUCUGUCCUGCGAUCCGACGCCCGGAGGCAUCGGCCAGGUCAGGAACGCGCAUUUAACCUGCAUACGCUUUGCCAUGGAAAUGGGAGCCGAACUCGUCGUGCCGCGCAUCGUCAAGCGCGACGAAAAGGACAUUGCGGUGCUGAUGCCGAAUGUUGGCGGUCCACAGAGAGGGCACCCUAUCGACUACCUGUUUAAGUUUGAGCACCUCAACCAGACGCUAGCAGCAUGUUGCCCACAGAUGAAGGUGUAUAGGUCCAUGGAUGACCUGUACAAUGUUCCCCAGGUCAUGAAGGGACACCCCAUCAGCCUGUACGACAUACACGCAUCCCUCGCCAACGGCAGCGUCAUCGACGACAUGCCAAGUCUGGGCCAGCAGAUCAAGAAAUACAUAGACGAGGUCGCGCCGACGGACAACCGGGUGUACCCUAUCCGGUUCAACCUGGCCGUCACCAAGUGGGCCUUCCAGACGGCCUACGACGGCCCUGCGUUUGCUGGGAGCUUCGGCCGUCUCCUGCGCGCUCACGAGGACGCCAGGCGGCUGGCUGCCGCAGCCCUGUACAACCUGAGCAAGGGCUUUGGUUUCAACCUCGACCCCAGGAAAGGGAUCAAGGAGAGCACAUUUGUCGGCGCGCACUUACGGACGGAAACGGACGUCGACAGCCUGGUUCCCGACUACGAGAGCCAGGCGGCCUACCUCCUAGACUUCAUCGUGAACUCGCGGGUGCGGGUUGUGUUUCUAGCGACGGGCGCGACCGAGGAGCAGACGACGGCCUUCGUGGCGAGGGCCAGGGACUUCAACGUGACGGUCGUCCUGAAGAAGGACAUCCUCCACGGCGACGACCUCGCCCUCCUCGACAGGCUCAGCUGGGACCAGCGCGCCCUGGUGGACUACGAGAUCAUGCUCCGGGCCGGGCUCAUGGCGGGGCCCUCGGAAUCGGGAUAUGCUUGGAACCUCGCGCUGAGGCGGAGAGCCAUCUCCGGCGGUGCACCCAACAACAGCUCGGCUUUUCCCGUCAGCAGUGCCCGAGUUCAAUACCACGAUCGCCUUUCUACCAUAUUCGGUCGCUCGGAGAGAGGCUCUGUUUUUAUGCAGACAAUAUGGCCCUGA